AUAAACAUACAUCUCGAAAGGACGGGACGAAGUACGUGAUCAAUCCGUCGCGUCGCUCGUCAUACUGCUUUAUUUCGGUUCCUGUUUUAUAGUGUGCUCACAUUUGUACGUGUCGUGUCAUAUUUCAUCGGCGAUUACCAUUUUGCAUUUCUUUAAAUCUCAGAAGCAUUCAUCAUGCGUCGGAUGUGUUUUGUAUGCGAGCGCUGCGACGCAAAAAAGUCGAUUGCACGAUCUCAUCAAGUUUAUUUUUAUCUACAAAGGAUUUUGAUGCUCUUAGAAAUGGAGGUGUAUCGAGUUAAUGAAAUUGUAAAGAGAAAACAGCUCUGCUUUUCCUGUGGAACGACUAAUAUGGAACGUUUUCUAAGCGAGGGCCAAAUUUAUCUGAGCAUGGCGAAUGUUUUGCACGAGCGCAACCAAAAGAUGUCCAAGAUGUUUACGAUUAUGUUAAAAGCUAUGGAUAUUUACUCGAAGCUGAAGACGGACCUGCGAGAUAAGGAAAAUGAGGACGACUGGCAAUCCGAUAUGGAUUUUGACAGCGAGGAUGAUGAUUACGAUAAUGGGUUCCAUAUUAACGUAAUACCUUUCGAUUACGAUGAGAUAAUAGAUUCCGGAGAAGAGUCAGACGACCUGUUUGGAGAGGACAUUGAUACGAUUUGCUUCUAUUGUGCUGGCGAAGUGUACUAUCGUGAAUUUUUGCUGGUGAACAUCGAAUCGUUGUUUACGCGAAUCAAGAGUCAGUGCGUUUCAUUCACCGAGAGCAGCUCGACAUUGUACAUUAUGUUGUAUCUCGAGCUGAGGGAUUAUUGCGAGAGAGCAAAAUUGUUUUUGUAUGGCAAUAUGAGAAACGCGAAAUCGACAGAGGAGAGAGGGUCAUCACGAGAUUACUGCCACAAAUAUGUUCUCUUGGAGAAAUUGCUGGCACGUGUUAGCAAGGAGCAGGAAUACGUCAUGAGGUACGUGGACAUAAAAUUUGAGGAAGAAGAAUAAAAAUAUGUAUAUAAAUAGAAAGUCCAACAAUUAAUAAUCGCACUUUUUAUUAUACAAUCUUUCUUACAAAUAGAAGAAGGCGUAAGAUUUAUGAAAUACAUAUAGCGUUAAAUAAUGUUUACAAUUUAAUAAUUAUUUAAUAUUUAUUAUAAUUCUGUUUAUUGCAAUACAUGUUUUACGUAUAAGCAUGAAAAUAUAUGUUAAUUAAUUUUC